AUGGGGCUGACUAUGGUCAAAUUUAACGAUGAUGCUACUCGAGACCAUGUACUGGAAAAUGGUAUCCUUCAGUUUGAUAGGAAACCUGUUAUCAUCCAACCAUGGACUGCUGAUCUCAGCCCAGUUCGACUAAUUCAUUCAGUUCCUUUGUGGAUUCGGUUACAUGACAUAGGUCUUCAGUAUUGGGGAAGUAAAUGCCUUAGUGCACUUGGGGUGGAUUAUGAAUGGCUUCCUAUUAAAUGUAAAGUAUGCUCUGGAUAUGGUCAUUCCAUGGUGGAUUGUCGUAAGGAAAUGAAAACUCAAUGGGUCAAGAAGGGUGCUCAACCUAAAGAUGAGUUAGAGGAGGAGAGGGAUAAGGGCAACCAACCUAUGGUUGAUGUACCUGAUCUGAAGAAGGGUUCGGCUAAUGUUGCUACUGAUGCUGAGGGACAAAAUAACAGUGAAGCUAGGUGGAAAACUCCAAAGAAAGUGGCUACUCUUUCCAAACAAGGACCAGUUGAAGCUAUUAGUUCUUUAUCUGAUUGGACAAGGACAGAACCAAAAAAAUGCAUUUUAGGUGCUUCAAGAGCAGGUGGACGAAUUUUGGUCAUUUGGCGAAAGACUUUUGUGAGGGUUACUAUUAUAGAGGAGACUAAUCAGUAUGUACACUGUGUUGUUAAAAUGGCUGGUCAGAGGCAUGCUUUCAGUGCCACUUUUGUUUAUGGGCUCAAUACAAUGGAGGGAAGGAAGAGAUUGUGGAAAAGGUUACCUAGGCUCCCGCUCCCUGCUAUUACUUGGAUUAUAUUGGGGGAUUUUAAUGCUAUAUUUACUGUUAAGGAUAGAAAUGGUGGAAAACCUGUCUCCAAACUAGAGUUGACAGAUCCUUCUCAAUGGCUUGCUGGGAAUCAAGUGGAGUCGCUUAAGAGUACUGGUUCUUAUUUUACUUGGACUAAUAAUCAAGAUGGACCAGCUCGAAUAUACUCUAAGAUAGACUAUGUUUUUACUAAUGAGGACUGGCUUGAUUCUUUUCCUAACUCCACAGCAUUUUUUCGGUGGGAAGUUGUCUCUGACCAUUGUUCGUGUGUUAUUUCUACCACGACCAUGGAGAAUAUGGGUAUCAAAUUGUUUCGGUUCUAUAAUUUUUGGACUGAACAUCAAGAUUUCAAAGAGGUGGUUCUGAAUAGUUGGAGGAAACCUAUAAAUGGGACUGGUUUGAGGACCAUUUACUUGAAGAUUAUGAGGCUGAAGCAUAUAUUGAAGAGGUUUAACAGGGACAAUAUUGGAGAUAUUGGAAUGAAAUAUCAGAAGGCAAAGGAUUUUUACCAGGAUGCUCAACUCUAA